GCAUUCACGGCUGCUGACGACCCUCAUCUGUAUCAUACUGUCAUCUCGCACACGCUAGACAACAACUAUAAUCAUGAGCUUCUUCCGGUCGAACCAGCCUUCACAACCCCCUCCGCCUGGCCAAUACUCCCGCGUUCCCCCAGCUGACCCCAUGCGGAGCGGUCCACAAAGGGUUCCUGCGCCCCGCUACGAUGACCCUAAUGGAUUUGAGAAACGUUCUUACGAUAGGAAGCCGCCACCGCCUGCACGCGGAGGCGGAGGAGGAGUCUUCUCAGUCCAGGGCUCCCCUAGUGAUCAGGCAGCCUUCUCGAACUGUCUCAUUGUCAACCCCCAGGACUUUCCGCAAGGCCAGCAUGUCCUUGUAAAGCAACAAUUCCCCCUCACGACUCGUCAUGACAACACUGGAAAGGUGCCUCCAGGUGCCAUCGGUGCAUCUGCGACGCAACGCCAAUGGAUCGGUCUCUCGCUGACCGGCGACACCGUAACGAUCGAGCCCUUCCCCCAACCCCCUCCCUACCUCGAGUCCAUCGACGUCGAAGUCGGCUUCCUCAAGCGUGGGCAUGAGAUUGCAGAGGCCUUUUCCGCUGACGAGAUGGCCCAAAACUUCCUCCGCGCGUUCAACGGGAUCGUCUUUGCGACCGGGGAGAUCCUGCUCUUCGAGUUCCACGGGCAGACGCUCAAGGCGACGGUUAAGGGCGUCCAGGUCGUGGAGCUCCCCGGGCAGCGCAGCAAUGCGACGUAUUACGGCAUCGUCAUGGAGAAGACGGAUGUCAGUUUUCUGAAAGCCUCGGACAGUGCGAUCAAGCUCAAGUCGAGCGCGCGCAAGGCGCCGCCGAACGCGAUCCUCGCGCCGAACUUCAAGUUCGAGGAUAUGGGUAUUGGCGGUCUCGACCAGGAGUUCAGCGCGAUCUUCCGUCGUGCGUUCGCUUCGCGUGUCUUCCCGCCCGCGCUCGUCGAGAAGCUUGGCAUCUCGCACGUCAAGGGUAUCCUCCUGUAUGGUCCUCCAGGUACUGGCAAGACGCUGAUGGCACGUCAAAUCGGGAAGAUGCUGAACGCACGCGAGCCCAAGAUCGUCAACGGUCCUGAGAUCUUGAACAAAUAUGUCGGCGCUUCAGAAGAGAAUAUCCGGAAGCUCUUCGCCGAUGCUGAGAAGGAGUACAAGGAGAAGGGCGAUGAAAGUGGCCUGCAUAUCAUCAUCUUCGAUGAGUUGGAUGCCAUCUGCAAGCAGCGUGGCAGCACCGGGGGUGGAACUGGUGUUGGCGACAGUGUGGUCAACCAGCUUCUCUCCAAGAUGGAUGGUGUCGACCAACUCAAUAACAUCCUCAUCAUCGGCAUGACCAACCGUCUCGACAUGAUCGACGAGGCUCUCCUCCGUCCUGGCCGUCUCGAAGUGCAUAUGGAGAUCUCCCUCCCUGAUGAGAAAGGCCGUGUUCAGAUCCUCACUAUCCACACCGCCAAAAUGCGCCAGAACGGCAUCAUGGACGAUGACGUAGACAUCAUGGAACUCGCUGCGCUCACGAAGAACUUCUCCGGCGCUGAGAUUGCGGGUCUCAUCAAGAGCGCGACGAGUUUUGCAUUCUCUCGGCACGUCAAGGUCGGUACCCUCGCGGGCAUCUCAGACGACGUGGAGAAUAUGCGGGUGAACCGAGGCGACUUCAUGAAUGCCCUCGAGGAAGUCACGCCUGCGUUCGGUGUGGCGAAGGAGGAGCUCGAGCAGGUCGUUCAGAAUGGCAUCAUCCAUCACGGGCCCGUUGUCGACGAGAUCCUCCGCUCUGGGGAGCUCUUCGUGGACCAGGUACGCACGUCGACGCGGACACCGCUCGUCAGCGUGCUCUUGCACGGGCCUCCUGGAUCAGGGAAGACGGCGCUCGCUGCGACCAUCGCGCAGGCGUCGCAAUUCCCGUUCAUGAAGCUGCUCACGCCCGACAGUAUGGUCGGCUUCUCAGAGGCGCAGAAGGUUGCUACCAUUGCAAAGGUCUUCCAGGACAGUUACAAAAGUCCUCUGAGCGUCAUUGUCGUCGAUAACCUAGAGCGUUUGCUCGACUUCACGCCCAUCGGACCUCGCUUCUCUAACUCGGUGCUUCAGACUCUGAUGGUGCUGCUUGCGCGCCGACCGCCAAAGGGUCGUCGUCUACUGAUCCUCGCAACCUCUUCGCUCCGGCCUGUUCUUACCGACCUCGGCUUGUCUGAGACCUUCGACGCCGAAUUGCGCGUGCCUCCAAUCACCUCGCUCCGGGCGCUGGGGACCGUCCUCAAGGAGGUUGCGCUCUUCCCCUCGGACGAGGAGCGCCGCCACGCCAUUUCCAUGCUCGCACAAGCCGGCUUCGGGGACACGGAAGACGAGGAGACGUCGCGUCUGAACGUCGGCAUCAAGAAGCUGCUGAGCAUGAUCGAGAUGGCGAGACAGGAGCCAGAAGCGACCGCGGAGCGGCUGACCAACGCGCUCAUGGGCUUGGGUAUGUGAUUGGUACGAGAGGGACUGGGCACGUUCCAGGAUGGACGGACGGACUUGCGUUGUCAAGAGAUGUAAGCGCAUUGUAUGGGUAGACCUUGAGAUAGAAUGUGUUUGAGCUCCCGAACCUGCAAUGGAUGCAGGAAGGUGAACUAGUGACAUUUUUUUG